AUGGCUGAACAAAAGAAAGACGAGAAAGCCACAAGUGCUGCCACUACCGGAUCAAGCAAUACAAACGGUGCAGCUCAACAACAACCACAAAAAGAAAUCCCAAGUUUGGGUGCAUUAGAUGAAGAUGAUGAAUUUGAAGAAUUUGAAGCACAAGAUUGGGAAGAUAGCAAAACAUCUUUGGCCCAUCUAAAUUCCGAAGGUGGAGCAACGGGUUUGAGCAUGAGUGGAGAACAAGGAGGAACCGGCGAUCAUCUUUGGGAGGACAAUUGGGAUGAUGACGAUGUCGAAGAUGAUUUCGGAAAAGCAUUAAGAGCCGAAUUGGAGAAACAAUCUGGCAAGCCUGGACAGCCAAUGGCUACUUGAAGCAAAUCACAAAUUUACAUUGUAUCAAUACAUACUUGUUCGAGACACAUUUAGUACUCUUCUUUACAUGAUUGGGUCGGAGGAGACUUUGAAAAGACGUAAGGCUGCAUCAGGUACGGUAUAAGUUAAGCUCUUCUCGUCUUCGAACUCGACAUCAUCCUCUUUUGAAUCGACAGACUUCCAAAACCGCGAACCAGAUGCCACAACGACUACAGGAUGUGACGGAUGAAAGGCAACGGCAGGGAUCGCAUCUUCUGCUGCCUUCCAACGAGUCAACGGCGGAAUAAGCGCAUCUUCAUUUGGUCGUAGAAUACGUCCAAAGAAUCGAUCAUUGUUUGAACUUUGAGGUGUCUCUAAUUCGGAUUCAGGAGAUCGUACAUCCCAUAAGCACACUUCGCCCGUUUUGUUACCGGAGAUGAGGUAUCG